AACUACCCUUUAUUCCAACCUCUGUUCUCCCUACUCAAAGCAAACAGCAACCCACAAAAGAAAAAGAUUAAAAAAGAUAAAAGAUAAACAAAAAAAGAAAAAGAACAAAAAAUAAUAAUAAUACAUAAAUACACAAACAAGUCCCCCUCUUCUUCUGCCAUCAACAAAAACAGAGAGAAAACAAAGACUACUAUACUACUACUUCCCUUAUCCUUCUUCCCUUCCUCUUCAAUGACAAGUCUUCUCUUCAGUACUCAUGGCCCACUUCAUCAUCUCACUCCCUUGCACCUUCCUAGAUUAUUCCCCUUCCUUUUCCUCUCUCUCUUCUCUCAUAUAUCUCCUCCAUCCUCUUCUAACCACCUUCUAUAGUUCUAUCUCUCCCUUCACUUCCACAAAUGAAACCUCUUCUUCUUCUUCUUCUUCCUCCCCUCCUCACCUUGCUUUUAUCUUCUCCUCUCACUGUUUCAGCAUCUACUACCACUCUUCUUUCUGAUGCCAUUGCUUUGUCUUCACUUAUAACCACCUUCCACUCCCCAACUUCAUCCCUUCUCCUCUUGGGACACUUCCAACCUUCACUCUGUCUGUUCUUGGUCUGGUGUUCACUGUAACAAUGGCCGUGUCAUUUCUCUCAAUCUAUCCAACCUCAAUAUCUCAUCAACAUCCACCACCCUCUCCAUCUCCGGCCUCUCUUCCCUCCUCAACCUUUCUCUUUCCAACAAUGCCUUUGACUGCAAUAUAGAGCUUUCCGACAUGCCUAAUCUUCUUUAUCUCAACAUCUCCAUGAACCAAUUCAAUGGCAACCUCAACUGGAACUACUCCUCAUUGCAAAACUUACAAGUGUUUGAUGCGUAUGACAACAAUUUCACUUCUCUUUUGCCUGUAGGAGUUGCAUCAUUGACAAAACUACAGUACUUAGACUUUGGAGGCAACUACUUCUACGGUGUGAUUCCAGCGAGCUAUGGGAGUUUGCGGAGUUUGGAAUAUCUACAACUAGCAGGCAAUGAUCUUCGAGGUAGAAUCCCCAGUGAGCUAGGUAAUUUAUCGAGUUUAACUGAGCUCUCCCUCGGCUACUACAACACUUUUGAAGGUGGCAUUCCAUCAGAGCUCGGUAAAUUAUCGAGCUUAGUCACACUAGACCUUUCCAAAUGCAGCCUUGAUGGUGUGGUUCCAUGGCAUUUGGGAAACUUGAUCAAUCUCAACACACUCUACCUUCACUCCAAUCUCUUAUCCGGUAACAUCCCUUCUUCCAUCGGCAAUCUAACAAGCUUAUUGUAUCUUGAUCUUUCCAACAAUGCACUCACUGGAGAAGUCCCCGGAGAGCUUGCUAAUCUCCGAGAGCUUCGCCUUCUCAACCUUUUCAUGAACCGGCUUCACGGUUCAUUGCCGGAGUAUCUCGCUGACAUGCCUAAUUUGGAGACUCUUGGUCUGUUCAUGAACAACUUCACUGGUGUUAUCCCGGAGAAACUUGGGUACAAUGGCAAGAUUGAGCUGUUAGACCUAUCGUCUAACAAGUUAACUGGUAUUGUCCCAGACUCACUCUGUUCAUCCAAUAAGCUAAGAGUGCUCAUUCUUUUCAACAACUUCUUGUUUGGCGCCAUUCCUGAGAGCUUAGGCAAGUGUUUGAGCUUGUCAAAGGUGAGGCUGGGCCAAAACUAUCUCAAUGGAAGCAUUCCUUCUGGUCUUCUUUACUUGCCCAAGCUCUACUUGUUAGAACUUCAGAACAACUACUUGACUGGUCUUUUAUCUGAAAGCAACAACAACACUGAUAGUUCAAGCUUGUUAGCUCAACUGAACUUAUCAAACAAUCAACUUUCAGGUGCUAUACCUUCCUCAAUUUCACUCCUUUCUUAUCUGCAAACAAUGCUGCUGACCGAUAACCAUCUGGAAGGCGCCGUGCCGGCUUCAAUCGGGCAAUUGCACGAGCUCGUAAAGCUCGAUCUCAGCCGGAACUUGCUCACCGGUUCAAUCCCUCCAGAGAUCUCCAAUUGUUCUCAGCUCACUUACUUAGACCUCAGCCAGAACAAUCUCUCCGGCGAAAUCCCACCGGAGAUAUCAACCAUUGAAAUACUCAACUACUUGAACCUUUCAAGAAACCAUUUGAGCCAGUCUAUACCAAAAACAAUCGCCGGAAUGAAGAGCCUGACUUCCGCUGAUUUCUCCUUCAAUGACUUCUCCGGCAGGCUGCCGGACACUGGCCAAUUCUCUUACUUCAAUGCCUCUGCAUUUGCCGGAAAUCCUCGCCUAUGUGGCGACAUCCUGAACAACCCCUGCAACUUCUCCGCAUUCUCAACAACCACCGGAUCAACAACAACCAGCACAACAUCAACAGCAACAAAACACGUCCCGGGGGACUUCAAACUAGUGUUUGCUCUCAGUCUUCUCGUAUGCUCACUGAUCUUCGCCAUCGCCGCCAUAAUCAAAGCCAGAGCAUACAAACAGGGAAGCAACAGCAGCAACAAGGCGGGAGUUUGGAAGCUGACAACAUUCCAAAGAGUAGAAUUCACCAUCUCCGACGUGCUAGACUGCAUGAAAGACUGCAACGUGAUCGGGCGCGGUGGCGCAGGGGUGGUGUACAUCGGUCGAACACCUACCGGGCAUGAAUUCGCAGCGAAAAGACUACUAGGAUUCAACACCAGCGGCCAUGACCAUGGAUUCAGAGCAGAGGUGAAAACGAUGGCGAACAUCAGGCACAGAAACAUAGUGAGAUUGUUAGGGUUUUGCUCGAAUUCGGAGAUGAACGUGCUGGUGUAUGAGUACAUGAGGAAUGGGAGCUUGGGGGAGGUGUUGCAUGGGAAAGGAGGAGGGUUCUUGGGUUGGGACAGGAGGUACAGGAUAGCGAUAGAGGCAGGCCGAGGGUUAUGUUACCUGCACCAUGACUGUAAGCCGAUGAUCGUGCAUCGAGAUGUGAAAUCGAAUAAUAUAUUGUUGGAUUCGGAGUUUGAAGCUCAUGUAGCUGACUUUGGCCUCGCUAAGUUGUUCCUGCAGGACACUGGUGUUUCCGAGUGCAUGUCUGCUAUUGCUGGAUCAUAUGGCUACAUUGCUCCUGAAUACGCGUAUACUCUAAAGGUAGAUGAAAAGAGCGAUGUAUACAGUUACGGAGUAGUGCUUUUGGAGCUCAUCACAGGACGGCGUCCGGUUGGAGGGUUCGGAGAUGGAGUUGAUAUAGUACAAUGGGCUAAGCGAACCACAGCAUGCAAUAAAGAUAAUGUUGCUAGGAUUGUUGAUUCGAGAUUGAGCACAUUGCCUAUUGAUGAAGCCAUGCAUGUGUUUUUCGUCGCGAUGCUUUGUGUUCAAGAGAAUAGUGUGGAGAGGCCGACGAUGAGGGAGGUGGUGCAAAUGCUUACUGAGAUCCAUCGCCACGCCACAUUAGAACAAUCUCCGUCUUCUUCUUCGUCUUCUGAUCAUCAGAAGAUUGAUAGUCAUUGUUAUAAGCUCUUUCCGGACCUUUUAACAUGAUUAGGGUUUAGAGAAUUUCAUUAUAUAUAUAUAUAUAAUGUAUCAUUGAUUAAUAAGUAAUUCUUAUGUAAUGGUUUGAGUAAUUUCUAGGGAGAAAUUAAUAACAUGUAAGAGUGUCUAGUAAUCUUCUUUCUUUAUUAUUAAAGUUAAAAAAAAGAGACAUGAAAAAAAUAUUUAACUAAUUACUUUAGGUUUUGACA